UUGCAGAAAUAUUGAAAGUGUAGCUUUCUUCGCAAGAAUGUCUACUUUAACUCGUCCAAAAUCCCCAAGAACUCCAACAUCCGGCCGAUCGGAUAAGGAGGAAAGCAUUUGGGAUAAGAUCGGAACCCUGGGAAGGAAGAAGCGCAUCAAGGAAGUGCAGGAAAUUCAGGAGGAAGGAAAAAUUGCGAUCGAUUCGCCUGGCAGUCCAAACGCCCCGAUCAUCCCACCGGAGGACUACAACUUGGAGGACAAUGAGUCACGGUCGAUUAUUCAGCCUGCGUCGCUCCAAAGUCCCAAGGUAAGGGAACUACUUCAGGUGCUUAUCGACUGGAUCAACGACGAGCUGGUGGAGGAACGAAUCAUUGUGAGCAACAUCGAGGAAGAUCUGUACGAUGGACAAGUGCUGCAGAAGCUGUGGGAGAAGCUGUCGAAUAAUAAGCUAAAUGUACCAGAAGUGACUCAGUCCGCCGAGGGUCAACGCCAGAAACUGUCCGUUGUGUUGAAUGCCGUGAAUCAUACGCUCGGUUAUCACCACAACAUCCCGAAAUGGACGGUGGAAAGCGUUCACACGAAGAACAUCGUUUCGAUUCUGCAUUUGCUAGUGUCACUCGUACGCCACUAUCGGGCACCGAUUCGCCUUCCGGAAAACGUCGCCGUAACGGUGGUGAUGGUGCAGAAGCUCAACGGAAAACUCACCAGCCAGCGGUUCCAGGAACAGAUUACUCAGUCGUACGACGACGUGGGCAUGCGCUGCGAACCGGACGCGUUCGACACGCUGUUCGAUCACGCCCCGGAUAAGCUGAAAGUGGUACAACGGUCGCUGAUAUCGUUUGUCAACAAACAUCUGAAUAAGCUAAACUUUGAGGCGGCAGAUUUGAAUACCGAUUUCAAGGAUGGUGUGUUCCUGUGCCUGCUGAUGGGGCUACUCGGAGGAUUUUUUGUUCCACUGCACGAUUUCCAUCUAACGCCCAAGGAUGCCGACCAAAUGACGCACAAUGUGGCAUUCGCUUUUGAGCUGAUGAUGGACGAAGGGCUUAAACCGAAGGCUCGGCCCGAGGAUAUCGUCAAUAUGGAUUUAAAAUCUACCCUCCGGGUGCUCUAUACGCUGUUCACAAAGUAUCGGAACAAUCCCUGAGCCACCCUGUGGUGUACUUACUCCAUAUUGUGAAGUCUCCCUUGGACAGCUAACCAAUGUGCCUUUGUUUAAUAUACAAAAAAAAACAAAAACAGUUAUAGAGUAUUAACAUAGGACAACUAAUGUUAUUUAUGGCCUUCUAUUUACAUUGUCGGAGAGUGUCUACAUCCACGUUUGAAUAUUACAGUUUUUCUAGUGAUCUAAUACAUAACAAUCGAUGUUGCUAACGUUGGUAAAAUAAAACGUUGCGAAACUAA